AUGCUAUUAGUCGCCGUUUUUGUGAUGAUUAACCGUCUCAACACUGCCAGUGAAGAAGCUCUUAUUCAUGAAGAAGAGAAUCAGGCCUAUCUUGAACUAAAUCUGGAUGAGCAAGAGCUAUAUUUCCAGUCUAGGGAGUACCUUGCAGCCAAUCCAUAUUUCAGAGGUGAUCUUGCAUUAAGUCAGAACCUCAGCAUCCAAGAAAAGGGAAUACGUGCUUGGGAAUUUGUGAAGGAUUACAUGCUAACGAAUAAUGACCUUCUUAUUGUUAAUCGGUUCGAGCUAAAUUUUUUUAAAAAGCUUGAGUGUUCGACACAGACAAACCUACCGAUCCCGAUGACAAACGAUGUCUACUAUUUUGAGUGUAAAGUGUACUCUUUGCCCAGCCCUUCAGAAACUACAAUCUCGAUUGGAUUGAGUCUGAAACCAUACCCAUGGUUUCGUCUACCAGGUAGACAUGCCUAUUCCGUUAGCUACGACAGUGAUGGUUAUAGAAGGCAAAACCAGCCCUUUUCACCGCGCGGCGACCCGCCAUUUCCCUCUCUAAUCGAGGGUGACGUUGUUGGUAUAGGAUAUCGUGUUAGAUCGGGCACGAUAUUUUUUACUCGCAAUGGAAAAAAAUUGAGUGAACUGAAAAUUGGUGGUCACAUCAAAAAUUUUAAAAUCCCUCAAGAAGGACAGCUAUUCCCGAUAGUCGGAGCAAACAAUUUGUGUUCAGUGCAUGUCAACAUCGGGCAACUCGGUUUCGUCUUCAUCGAAGGAAAUGUAAAGAAAUGGGGUUUUGCUCCUUUAGAGGGGAACGGACCUGCACCCCCAGCGUACAAGAAGUUCAACUCUGACAUACUUCUCGAGCGGUCUGAAAUUGAUGAUGAUAAUGAUUUGACGGAUCGGGAGAACGACUUUCCACCGGACUUUUGGGACAUUCAUACGGAACAAAAUGAAGGAUGCACUUCCAAUCAAGACAAAUUUAGCUACAACGCCUACGAAGAGGAGCAGUCGGACGAUGAAAGAAUCACGAUGAAUAGCUUGAUUCCUUCCAAACCACCAAGUUAUAACUCGAAUGAGCCAAUAACUACAAACGAGACUACUUGA